UUUUUAACAGACGGUUUUCAAAUUUCAACAGAGCCAGACGUGCGCGGAAAAGCAAAACUUAAGUGAUACUCAAACGGAAUUUAGCUAGAGAUGCAAGAAAAUAUCUCUUCUCUCUCUCCUACUUACUCUCGCCUACCGCUCACCCGCUCGCUCGCAACGUCUGAAAAAAGUUUUACCAAUCAAGUUUUUGUUUCGCAAUAUUAUAACACAACUUCAACCUAGUUAAAAGUUAAUGUUGUUGUAGAGACUCUUUUGUGAGUGUGCGACGGUGCAUGUGUAUUGCAUUGGUGUGUUGGUGUUGUUUGUUUCUUUCGUUUUGGUUCAAAGUGAACACAUUGGAACAGAAAACAGCGCAAAGCAAAAGCUAAUGGAACUACUGUACGUGUAUGUGUGUUCUGUGUAUCUCUCUCUAUCAGUGUAUAUAUUUGUGUGUGUUUCUCAGUUUGUGAAAACGGAACCAAACAAUAACAAUAACUAAUACAUACACAGAAAUCAAAUAAAUUUUAUAAUAAUUAAUGAAUAAUAGUUUUAAUCACAACACUUCCCACUGCCCCAAAGUAUUUCGAAUAUUCUAAAUAACUAUGCUUUGCAAUAUCAGUAGAAAAGUGAAAGAUAAUCGCCCAACAACAGCGAUGGCUGAGAGUGGAUGUUGAAAUUGAAAGUUGAAAACCAACACACAUACACACACAAAAACAACAAGCACACAAAUGCUUGCAUAUACAUAAAGUGUGUUUGUGUGAAUUAAAAGCCCGCUACAACUGCAUCAUUGCCAAAGGAAUAGAACGUGAAAAAACACAUACUCUCUCCCUCUCUUUCUCACACUCCACUUCAAUCAACUCAAGUCUCCCCGCUCAGACGGAAGUUUAAAUCGAAUUGUGAAAGUGGGAAAGCUCGAUCUCAGAGCCCCACACAUGCGCACAUACACACAUAAGAAGAAAAAAAAAAUAACGCACAAAUUUACCGUAUAAAAUCCACCCAUACAACCAGCUCUUCAAAUUUUGUGAAAGGGAGUAAUUGCUGUGAGAUUAAUGAAAGAGUUUCAAAGAAUGUUGAUGUUGCAAUACAGCAAGCAUGGCGAGUGCAUACUCAAAGAAAUUGGAGCAGCUUUCAGAGGGGAGCACCCGGCGGACUUGACUAUUGUGUGCGAGAAUAAAGUGAAGCUGCAUGCCCAUAAACUUGUUCUGGCGGCUGCGAGUCCGCUUAUAAGGAAUCUAUUGGAGGACACUCACCUGAGCGAUUGUUCCACAACUGUUUACUUUCCAGAUGUCAAUGCAACAUAUUUUAAAUUCCUUUUGGAUUUCCUAUAUUCGGGGCAGACAUGUAUUACAUCGAGGGAUGUGAAUUAUUUGCAUGAUUUAUUACUACUAUUGCAAAUAAAAUCGGAUAGCUGGAAAACAACAGAUUCAGCAUAUUUGGGAGGCAAAUGUGGCUUCCGCGAACGCGACCGCGAACGCUCACGUAAACAGUAUGCGUCUUCCCAGAAUUUAGACCAAUCGCUUAAAUAUGAGGUUGACAGUGUGGACGAGUCAAGGAACGCUGCUGACUUUUCCACCUUCUCUGCCGAUAAUAACUGCGAGAGCACACCUGAAUCUGGUGCAUUGAAGGACGAUGACGAUGAUGACCACCACCACCACCACCAUGAUCAUGAGCAUGAUCAUGAUCACGAUCACGAUGAUCCAUCGCCGCACAAAGACAAUAAGAGUGACAAAGAUUCUGAUGAAAUUGUAAACCUCUCUAACAUUCCACCUGGCAGUGACAGCAGCAGUACCAACAAUAAUAACAACAAUAAUAAUAACAAUUCUACAGUUAAUCCAGUUAAUUUAUCACUCGAUCUACGAACAAAAAGCGAAAAUGCUGCUGUACGCAGUGAGAUAAGCAAAACCUUUGGCUCCGGAUCAGAUCACAGUGGCAUUGAUUCGAUUGUUAGCGCAAGUGAAAGUACAAAGCGAAAGAGUCUGUUCUUUGAUACCCAUAAGGAUGUAAUGAAACCACUUUCCGAUGGUUCCGACAUUAACAGUUCGCCGGAAAACUAUGUGGUUACACCGCACCGUAAACGACGACCGGGCUUCCAUAAUACACAGAGCGAUAAUCAACCAUUCACAUCAUAUCAGCAUAAUUUGUUGGAGGAACUGCGACUUGUCAAAUCGACAACAUCGCCCAUAUCUGGCUAUGCCUCCGAAAAGAAUAUAUUGUCCCAUCUCGAGGAUGGAGCACUCAAUGGCGAUACAAUAACCCCCGAUCGUAAACUUUUAGAAGCGCAAAGAAAUCGCGCUCAAAGCCCAGAGAUGCAAAUGCAUUUGGGUACGCAAUUCGUCUAUCAGUGGCAAUCGAAUCAGAAUGCCGCCAUUUCCACCAUGCCCAAUCUUCAGUCGCGACUUUCUAGUCUGUCGCACAUAAAUCUGAACCUGGAUCCCGAAAGUCGUAAUAACUCUGCCUCCGGAUCCAAUAUUGCCAGCAGCAAUUCGCAUACAUCGUCCGUAAGGGAAUACAGAUGCGAAUAUUGUGGCAAACAAUUUGGCAUGUCAUGGAAUCUGAAGACACAUCUCCGCGUACAUACCGGUGAAAAGCCCUUCGCCUGCCGUCUCUGUGUGGCAAUGUUCAAGCAGAAGGCCCAUCUUCUUAAGCACUUGUGCUCGGUUCAUCGAAAUGUUAUAACCACAACCAAUGGCACUGACACGGAGAAUCGUUACAGUUGCUGUUUCUGCUCUAUGUGUUUCGAGUCGGUGCAGGAACUGGUCCGGCAUUUGUCCGGGCAUCACAAUAACCUGCUGCUCACCAAGAAUCUUCGUGAAUAAUAACCGAUCCGUUUGAUCUGGCGUGUCCUCCACAAAUAUGCCUGUCAAAUUACUGCAAAGAGACCUGAAUUUUAAAUAUAUAUAUAUAUAUACAAAAACAAAAAAACAAACUUAUGGUAACAGUAAAAGUAAAAGAUUUAAUUUACUUAUUGUAUAAAUAUAUAUAAUAUAUGUAUAUACAUUUAAAGCAUAAUUUUACCGAUCCAUUCACAUGACUUUCACCCUUUCACCAACACCACCACCAACGGCUGCUGUUGCCUCGCCUGCGUCAGUAGGCCAAAGAGGGUCAAACAUAUUGUCUUCUCAUUUAAAUUGUAUUGGCCAUCCAAUUUUUGGAUGACAACUCUUAAAAAAAACAAAAACAAACGGCUGGUCCAUUGCAACUAUGGAGCACUAUGUUUUAAGAAUAUUUUUAUACAAAUGGUAUUGUAAUUUCCACCUGCCUUCUUAUCGUAAACUUAAAUACUUACUUUUGAAUCAUUUUUUAUACACUAUACACUCCUGUUUAGAUACUUUUAGAUAUUUUACAUGUCCUUUUUUUUGUAAAUCGCCAAUAAAAAAAAAGUGUGUAAACUGUACAGUAUAAAUUCGCAAGUUCGUAAUAAAAUCAGAAAGGCAUUUUUUAUUUCUGA